GACUGACUGUGGUCUCACCGGAUCCAUAGUCGAGCGCCGAACAACUUCAGACUAGAUCAAAGGCUUGAAGACGCUUCAUUAACUCCCUGAAUAAGCACCGAACUGCUGGAGUUUACCAUAUGUUUAUAUACUUGGGAUGAAAGUGUGUGUGCACCUUUUGGCACGAGAACCAGGAGCGGACAGUAGCUGAUCACCCGUCUGUCAAGGCGAAGCAUGCACUGAAACGACUGAGCAAAUCACUCCAGCCAACUCAAACAAUCUAAGGAGCUGCAAAACUCGGAUUUAACUUUUUAUUUCUCUUUUCGGGAAGACACGCAAAUGGCAUUGGACAGAUAUUUCGGGCUGUCCCACGACUGAAAGUUCAGCGUUGUUCCUGGACACUUGUGAACAUGGAUAUAGGUCGGUAAAUUUCGGACAAAAACUGUUAGGGCACCCCAAACAAUCUGGAUUCAAGCACGUCUCUGUGAAUUGUGUGGAGUCUUUAAUUUUAUAUUUGACACAUGAUCACGACCGGAUUUGUUCCACAGCCCGAACCCCAACGCGGGAUUGACGGCCCUAAACACGGACAGACCCUCGUUAUACUUGUGUGUGUCACUCAUCCUCUAUCAGGCGUGAUUUGACCUUUUGUAAGGUCAGCGUUAGAAACUCUACCAAUAGAUGAAUACAAUAAAACAGGCUCGCGCUAACGUCUACCUAAGUGCAAGGUAGCAACGAUUUUGGUAACACACAGACACACGUUGGCCCAGAAGCCGUCUGUGCAACAUUGCGCGACACAUUUUUCCUCCAGGCAACGCUAGAAAAAUUGGAUUUAGAAGUUUACGUUGAGCCAUGGAGCCCCUCCGCUAGGACGCCUUACCCACACGCCACUAUAUUGAAUGUGGAACGGAAACCCGGAGUACAGUCGACCGAAAGGAUCUUAUCUUCUCGCGGGUCAGUAGGUUUGGGUCUCCCCGAGUACCGUAGAAGAUGGCUGGAAGCGACGGCUCGUGGAAAUAUUACCUCUGGAUUCUGACAGUCAUGUGCAGAUACACGUUACCCGCAGCCAAAUCACUGGAGUCUGUCGUGUGGAAUUCACAAAAUCCCAAGUUUGUGUCAGGGAAAGGCUUGGUGAUCUACCCGGAGAUCGGGGACAAACUGGACAUUAUCUGCCCCAAAGGGGACAUGGGGCGGCCGUAUGAGUUUUAUAAACUCUACUUGGUAAAGAAAGAACAGGCGGAGUCUUGCAGCACCAUACUGGACCCCAAUAUACUGGUCAAUUGCAACAAACCAGAGAAAGACAUAAAAUUCACCAUCAAGUUCCAGGAGUUCAGUCCAAACUACAUGGGGCUUGAGUUCAAACGCUUCACAAACUAUUACAUCACUUCGACUUCUAAUGGAACACAGGAAGGCUUGGAAAACAGAGAAGGUGGGGUUUGUAGCACGAGAUCCAUGAAGAUCAUCAUGAAAGUGGGCCAAGAUCCAAAUGCGCCAGAUCCAGAUUUAACGGACCUCCCAGAGCGGGACCAGGACAAUGAGAUCAAGGACCCCACGACAAGCCCUUCCCGCAAAAGAGACAGAGACAGAGAGCGAGACAGAGACACAGAGGGAAACGGAUCCAUAAUGCCCGGCAGAGAUACGAGGAACCAGGAUAACAAUGCAGGUUCAGUGGAAGGGAUUUUUGGCUCUAAACCUGCUCUCUUCGCUGCCAUCGGAGCAGGCUGCGUCAUCUUCCUCCUCAUCAUCAUCAUCCUCAUCGUCUUACUCCUCAAGCUUCGCAAAAGAACCCGCAAGCACUCGCAGCCCAGGGCCGGGCCUGCCCUGUCUCUCAGCACUCUGGCCACGCCCAAGGGAGCCACCCAGGCUGGCUCUGAACCGAGUGACAUCAUCAUCCCCCUGAGGACAACAGAGAAUAACUACUGUCCACACUAUGAAAAAGUGAGCGGAGACUACGGACAUCCAGUCUACAUAGUGCAGGAAAUGCCCCCCCAGAGCCCUGCCAAUAUCUACUACAAAGUCUGAGAGAAAGAGAGAGAAGCAACCGCAAUAAGAACAUGUUUUUGUAAGGUAUCCUAAAUCUUUUAUUUCACUACCUAACCCCAUGUUAGAGAGAGGAUGGAGAAGGAAAAGUGGAAAAGAGGAAUGGAAAAAGACUGUGGAUGAUAAGCCUCUCAAAUUUCCUUCCCUCUGUCCCUUUCUGAACACUACACUGUGUGUAUGUGUCUGUGCUGGUCUCUCUCUGUUUGUAUGAAAUGGCAAAGAAAACCCCCCACAGUGUGUGUGGCACUCAGGCACGGACUUCACUGCAGAAGAACAGCCUUUAACCAAUCACAGAGGGAUGCUAGAUUGACAUCACAAAGCAGGAUGCUCUCAUUUGUCUCAUUUGUGUGUUGUUUUCUACCUAAUAACUCUUAUUUUUUGCCUCUUGUUCACAGUGUUUUUCUGUAUCAACCCAAUCCUAGCAGCUUUCACACAGUGUCUCUCUCAAAACAAUUAUGUCUUAAACACUGCUAUAACCUCCGCUCUUCUCUUCACGCACUCAAUAUAUCCUCUCAUCUCGUUUCCUUAAGUCUCUCCAGAUACCCAGCCAUUUACACAACCGCAGAAGCAGUUGAAUAAAACACAUACGCGCACACACAUCGGUGUUCACGGGUCAGUACGAGCAGCCUCUCAGUGGAAAAAAGUGUGAUUGAAAUGGAGAAUUUAAAACCCAAAACAGUGACAAAUCUACAUGAGACCUUCCAACAUAGGUUCUGCUUUAGUAGAUGGAUUUUGUUCAUUUAAGAAUUAUUUCAGUUGCAAUUCUAGCAGCAGAAUACAAGUAGAUAUUUGCUGUCCGUAGUCAGUGAUGCGUGUGAAGUGCGGAAUAAUAUUUGUAUUUUGUCAUUAUUUUUUCCUUUUUUUUGUGUUUUGUAAAUGUCAAUUUUUUAUUUUUUUUUAUUUUAUUUGCCUCUACACCACAAGCCUAUGACCUCUUUUCAGUCACAGAACAUUGUAAUGCAUAUCUUUGCAUAAUUUAGUCCACUAACAUUUUUUUUAUUAUUUUUUUUAUAAUUCAUGCCCCACGGUCUGCAUGUAGACAUGGAUUGUAUGAUUGUGUGUAUGUAGAGUACCACACAAAAGCCAAAAAUCCAUAAACAUACAAAACAUGAUAUUAUGCCUUUACCUCUCCUUCCUGUUGCUCUCAGAUAUGCACAUAAGUUAUCCCUUUUAGCAUAUAAACACACUUAUU